AUGAGUAACUCACCCAACGGCAGCACCACAGCCGGAAGCGCUGGAGUAGUUUGGGUCACUCCGCUCCUGGGCGCCACCCUCAUCACCAUGUGCAUUUUGGGCGUGACGGGAAACCUCUACACCCUCGCCAUCAUGCGAUCGGCCACGUUACGGCGCGCCGGCUCCAUGUACGUCUUCAUCCUCAACCUGGCGGCUGCAGAUCUGCUCUAUCUGGGCACCAUCCCAUUCGUGGUCUGCACCUACUUCGCCCACGACUGGUUCUUUGGGGAAAUGGGCUGCAGGUUGUUGUUGAGUCUGGAUCUGCUCACAAUGCAUGCCAGCGUGUUUGUUCUGGUGGCCAUGAGUCUGGAGCGCUACCGUGCCGUCGCCGCACCUUUCAGAGCCCGCCGCUCGACCGCCCGCGGCCACUGGCUGAUGGCGUUGGGAAUCUGGCUGGCAGCGUUCGUGCUGACGCUCCCUAUGAUGGUGAUGAUCCGUCUCCGAGAGGGACGUCCCAGUACGGUGGGCCUCGUCAAACGCAUCUGCUUCCCAACGUGGACGCCCGAGGCCUUCAAGGCGUAUCUGACCGCGCUCUUCUUCACCAGCAUGCUCCUGCCCGGCCUGCUGAUGGUGGGGCUCUACGCGGGUCUCGCCCGCCAUUACUGGGCCGCCCAGGCCAAUCUGACGCGUGGAUCCUCGUCGUCCGUUCGCAGGCGCCGACUGAAGCACAAAGUAGUGGGAAUGAUCUUCUGCAUCGUGGUGGCGUACUGGGCGUGUUUCCUGCCGUUCUGGGGUUGGCAGAUGGCGAAGCUCUUCUCGUCCGAGUCGCUCCGCUCGCUGUCGGCCGCCGCUCACACCUACGUCAACUUCUUCGUCACCUGCCUGACGUACGGAAACAGCUGCGUCAACCCGCUGCUUUACACGCUGCUGACGCGCAACUACCGCGACUACCUGGCCCAGAGGGGUCAGUCAUCGGGGGCGAGUCGAGGGGAUCAGGGGUCGGCCGUUGGAAUCAACGCCAUCCAGGAUCAUGUAGGAUAA